AUGGGGUGCAGGCUUUCCGUCGGGACGGGGGGCAACUUCGACGGGGUCCGGGUCGUGCACAUCAGCGGCUACGUUCAGGAUUUCUCCGGGCCGGUGACGGUGAGGGAGGUCAUUGGAAAACGGUCUAAGCUGGUGUGCUUCUCCCCGUCUCAGCUCCUCUCCCAGAGCGCUCGCCCCCACGGCCUCGACGAGCAGCUCGAGCCCGGCAAGCUCUACUUUCUCCUCCCCCACACGGUCUUCCACUCCGGCGCCUCCGCCAUCGACCUCGCCACGCUCGCGACCCGGCUCACUGCGGUGGCCCGCGGCGGCGUGGUGGUCACUCGGAAGCUCUCCUCCUCUGGCGACGGCGACGGCGACGGCGACGGCGACGGCGACGGUGAGGUCGAUCGGAUUUCCGUCGAGGCCACGGCAGAACCGGCGGCCGCCGAGCGGUACGCGUUCCUGCUCGGGAGGGCGCAGUCGGGGGCCUGGCCAUGGAGGCCGUCCCUGGACACGAUCGAGGAGAGAUCGACGGAGCGGUCAGCGAGGAGUCUGAGCAGCCGGAGCAGCAGCAGCAGCAAGGAACUGCCGCGUUGGGUGGGAUCAGGAUUAGGGGGCAAACUUGAUCUCAGAAACGUGAGGCGAUUGUAG